GGCGCUGCCCGUUCCCCUCCGCGUCUCUCGGAGCCGCAGCCCGCAGCCAUGGUGGCGUACUGGCGGCAGGCCGGGCUCAGUUACAUCCGGUAUUCCCAGAUCUGUGCCCAGGUUGUUAGAGCAGCAAUGAAGCCUCAGUACAAAGCAGAGGCAGAGAGGGCGGCGAUGGCCACUGUGAAAACUGUGAAACCCAAGAAGGAAUAAAAUGAACUGAUCUGUGGUGAAUACUUUAACAGCAAACUGCAAAGCUGUAGGCAAGCUCAAGACUCUGCAAUAUAAUGUCAUCACAUUAACUGUAAAACUUGCCUCUGUAUGUAAAUCAGCAUGCUAAUAAAUGUAAUUUCUGUUAAA